CCCAUUGACUCAGUCUUUUUGGCCUCAGCUCCCUCCCCUUCCCCACAGUAUGUGGUAGCUCCUGGCCUCCUAGAACUUGCUGGGACUUUUUUUGUCCCUCCGCAGCAUCAGUCCCUCUGCACACCUGAAGUGAUCUCUCCUGCCUCUGAAAUUCCUCCACACUUUAUUUGACUUUAUUUCUGUUUAUCUUAUGGCAUAUUAUAGUCCAAAUACUGCUUUGCCAUUCACCAAAUUGCUUUUGAAUCCAUUUAUUUAAUUCUCACAAUCAGUCUAUGAGGUAAGACAGGUGUGCCUUAUCACAAGGGAGGAAACCAAGACUUAAAGAAGGAAGAAUGAAUUGUCCAAGUUUUGUAAUUAAUAUAGCGUGGAGUCAAGAUUCAAAUCCAAGCCUCCUGGAUUAUAAGCCCCAAGCUUUGUUCAUUGUGCUACUAUGGGACUGCCUUUCUUGGUGCCUGAGUCUGCACUUAAACACCACUCUUCUAGUUGCCUGCCAGUUACUUAAGUUGUGUUUUAUUCUCUUAGAACAUAUAAUGUAUGUAUUAUAUUAAAUAUAUUCAUAUAUUAAAUACAGUGCAGUUCAGUGUUCUCUUUCUCUGAAAAAAUCAUGCUUCUUUCUGAGCCUUGUUUCCCCAUCUUUUUUAUUUUUUUAAGUAGAAGUGAAGCUUACUUAGUAUAUUAUAAAUAAUAAAACUAGAGCUUUAUAUAAUGAAUUUAAUUUCUGGGAUAACUUUUUAGCAGUGCACUUCACAAGUAUUUAUUUCCUGUGACGAAAUUAAGCCUUGCUAGGCUACUGAGCAAUGAAUGGUUCCACACUUUUAAAAUAUAAAUAUCCUGAAUUUCCAUAUAGCUGUAACUAAUUUUUAUGUUGACUGGAUGAGAACAUAUAUACCAACAAGAGCUAUUAUGAACUCAGUAACAAUUUUAAUGGAUUUGAAUUUUAUUCAUUAUAUAAUCAUAUGUGGAAAAUAAUAUUACAUACAUGUACAAGAGCUCUAGUGGUCAGUCUGUAGGAAAUGCUUUGUGCCCUUAGUACCUACAGAUCUCCUGGUAAUUCCGUGGUUCCCAGUUGGGAGUCGCUGCUGUGGGGAUUCUGACGUUGUUCUACAUCACUCAUUGUUGCCUUAGGAAACUCCAUGUGAGAAAUUUCUUAAGAGAGCCAAGUGGUUGGGAAGGGGUUGCUUCCCUGAGUAAUUGCUUUAUGUUUCCCUUUUAGACAGUGAGAACUGCAGCUGACCUCUCUGUUUUCAGAUUGGCCUUUAAAAAGAAAGUUCAGAGCCAAAUUUAUUAUUUGAUUAUAUAACUGUAGAGAUCCUUAUUGCCUGCUUAAGUUUUCCCUUUUUACACUUUGGCAGUUGACUUCCUGAUGUAAUUUGCUUGGCCCUGAUUUUUAAAAUUUGUUUUAUCAUUUUAUUGCAUGUGUUUCCCAAAAGCCAACUGAAAUUCUUUGAAAAUUAAGUGGAAUAUAAAUAAAUACUUUAGCCCUUCUUUUGUUACCAGGUAUAUUUUAGGCACUGGACUUAUCUAUUCUAAAUAUUGAUGUCUAUAUGCAUAUGUACUAUUGCUUAUAAAUAGCAUAAAUAUAUGCUAUUUAUUCUGUAUUUGUUGAACAUUCUCUUAAGUCAGAAUUUAUAUGGAAAAGCCAAACCUAAGCAUACUAUUUAUUAAAAAAAUGUGGUUUCAUGUAAAAAAAAGCACACAAACUUACAAUGCCUACUUAAGUGUAUCUCAAAAAGUGGAAUGUCUCUUCUGGGAGGAAGCAAAGCAUCAUUGUGACAGCAGCAUGCCUCUGCUGGCAGAGAUCUUUGUAGAAUUCGAUGGCUGUAACUGGAAGCAACACUCCUGGGUUAAAGUUCAUGCUGAAGAAGUUAUUGUGCUUCUGCUGGAAGGCUCUCUAGUAUGGGCACCCCGAAAGGACCCUGUCCUUGUCCAGGGCACUCGAGUCUCAAUUGCACAGUGGCCAGCCCUGACUUUCACUCCCCUGGUAGAUAAACUCGGUUUGGGUUCUGUGGUUCCAGUUGAAUACCUUGUGGAUCGAGAGCUUCGUUUCCUGUCAGAUACUAAUGGGUUGCAUCUGUUCCAGAUGGGAACAGAUAGCCAAAACCAGAUUCUUUUGGAACACGCUGCACUGAGAGAAACAGUUAAUGCUUUGAUCAGUGACCAAAAGCUACAAGAGAUAUUUAGCCGAGGUCCCUACAGUGUUCAAGGUCACAGGGUCAAAGUAUACCAGCCCGAGGGGGAAGAAAGUUGGCUCUAUGGUGUUGUAAGCCAUCAAGAUUCCAUUACUCGUCUUAUGGAUGUUUCUAUAACUGAGAGUGGUGAGAUCAAAUCUGUAGAUCCCAGACUGAUUCAUGUGAUGCUGACGGAUAAUUCAACGCCUCAGAAUGAGGGGGGUACGUUAAAAGCAGUAAAAUCUUCCAAAGGAAAGAAGAAGAGAGAGAGCAUAGAGGGGAAAGAUGGCCGGAGGAGAAAAAGUGCUUCGGACUCUGGGUGUGACUCUGCAUCAAAGAAAUUAAAAGGAGACAGGGGUGAAGUAGACAGUAAUGGGAGCGAUGGAGGUGAGGCAAGCCGAGGGCCCUGGAAAGGAGGGAAUGCCAGUGGAGAGCCAGGACUGGAUCAGAGAGCCAAACAACCACCAACUACAUUUGUCCCUCAGAUUAACCGCAACAUUCGCUUUGCCACUUACACCAAAGAAAACGGCAGGACUCUGGUGGUGCAGGAUGAACCUGUAGGUGGGGACACAACUGUACCUUUUACUCCAUAUCCUAUAGCCACAAGUCAGACACCUUUGGCCCCAGAGGUGGGUGGAGCUGAAAGCAAAGAGGCAGGAAAAACACUGGAACAAGUUGGUCAGGGCAUGGUAGCUUCAGCAGCUGUGGUCACUACCGCCAGCUCUACCCCAACCACGGUGAGGAUCUCAGACACUGGCCUUGCAGCAGGGACUGGGCCGGAAAAACAGAAAGGCAGCCGGUCGCAGGCCCCAGGAGAGAAUUCAAGAAAUUCUGUUCUGACCUCUUCUGGAUUUGGAGUGUCUCUCCCAAGUUUAUCACAACCUUUGACUUUUGGAAGUGGAAGGGUCCAGUCCAAUGGGGUUCUAGCCACAGAGAACAAACCUUUGGGCUUCUCUUUUGGCAGUAGCUCUGCACCAGAGUCUCAGAAAGACUCUGAUCUCUCCAAAAACUUGUUUUUUCAAUGCAUGCCCCAGACUUUACCCACCAGUAACUACUUCACUACCGUUUCAGAGAGUUUGGCUGAUGAUUCCUCCAGUCGAGACUCAUUCAAACAAAGCCUUGAGAGCCUAUGUAAAGGCAGAUCCACUCUUGGAGCUGACACUAAAUCAGGCUCUAAGGCUGGCGGCUCUGUGGACCAGAAAGUGCCUACAGAGUCCAUGCCCACCCUCACACCAGCCUUCCCACGGAGCCUCCUCAAUGCCCGCACCCCAGAGAGUCAUGAAAAUCUAUUUUUACAGCCCCCUAAACUGUCCCGGGAAGAGCCCUCUAACCCUUUCUUGGCAUUUGUGGAGAAAGUUGAACAUAGCCCUUUCAGCGGCUUUGCAUCUCAGGCAUCAUCAGGUAGCUCUUCCUCUGCUACCACUGUCACCUCCAAGGCAGCACCCAGCUGGCCCGAGUCUCACUCCUCUUCAGAUUCAGCAUCUUUAGCAAAGAAGAAAACUCUCUUCAUCACAACUGACUCCUCCAAACUGGUGUCUGGUGUUCUGGGCUCAGCUCUUACCACCGGGGGUCCAAGCCUCUCUGCCAUGGGAAAUGGCCGCUCCAGUUCUCCCACCAGCAGCCUCGCCCAGCCCAUUGAGAUGCCUACUCUGUCCUCCAGCCCCACAGAGGAGAGGCCAACUGUGGGGCCUGGGCAGCAGGACAAUCCCCUCCUCAAAACCUUUAGUAGCGUCUUUGGCAGGCACUCAGGCAGCUUUCUGUCCUCCCCAGCAGAUUUUUCACAGGAGAACAAAGCUCCUUUUGAAGCUGUGAAAAGGUUCUCACUGGAUGAGCGAAGCUUGGCUUGCAGACAGGACUCUGACUCCAGCACCAACAGUGACCUGUCAGAUUUGAGCGACUCUGAGGAGCAGCUGCAGGCCAAGACUGGCCUGAAGGGGAUUCCAGAGCACCUGAUGGGGAAGCUGGGCCCCAAUGGGGAGCGCAGUGCUGAGCUGUUGCUGGGCAAAGGCAAAGGGAAGCAGGCCCCCAAGGGCCGGCCUCGGACUGCACCCCUGAAAGUUGGCCAGUCAGUCCUGAAAGAUGUAAGCAAAGUGAAGAAGCUGAAGCAGUCCGGAGAGCCCUUCCUACAGGACGGUUCAUGCAUCAAUGUAGCCCCUCACCUGCACAAGUGUCGUGAGUGCCGCCUGGAGCGGUAUCGGAAGUUUAAGGAACAGGAGCAAGAUGAUUCCACUGUGGCCUGCCGCUUCUUUCACUUCCGGAGGCUGAUCUUCACUCGAAAAGGGGUACUCCGUGUGGAGGGGUUUCUGAGUCCCCAACAAAGUGAUCCUGAUGCCAUGAACCUGUGGAUUCCCUCUUCCUCCCUAGCAGAAGGGAUAGACCUAGAAACCUCAAAAUACAUCCUGGCCAACGUUGGGGACCAGUUCUGUCAGCUUGUGAUGUCCGAGAAGGAGGCCAUGAUGAUGGUAGAGCCACACCAGAGAGUGGCAUGGAAGCGAGCAGUGCGUGGUGUACGGGAAAUGUGUGAUGUAUGUGAAACAACUCUCUUCAACAUUCACUGGGUUUGUCGCAAGUGUGGAUUUGGGGUCUGCCUUGACUGUUACAGGCUGAGGAAAAGCCGUCCACGCAGUGAAACAGAAGAGAUGGGUGAUGAAGAGGUUUUCUCCUGGUUGAAAUGUGCAAAGGGACAGUCCCAUGAACCAGAAAAUCUAAUGCCCACACAGAUCAUCCCUGGCACAGCUCUUUAUAAUAUUGGAGAUAUGGUACAUGCUGCCCGGGGCAAGUGGGGAAUUAAAGCAAACUGUCCUUGUAUUAGUCGGCAAAACAAAUCUGUGUUGAGACCUGCUGUCACCAAUGGGAUAUCACAGCUUCCUAGCAUAAACCCUAGUGCCUCUUCUGGAAGUGAAGCCACCUUCUCAGGUGGAGGAGGAACUGCAGCGGUAACAACUCCAGAGCCCGAUCCCAAAGCCGACAGCACUGACAUCAGAGCCGACGAGCCUCCGAAAGCAGACAGUUUGGCAUCAAACAGCAAUAGUGAGCUAAAAGCCAUCAGGCCCCCUUGCCCUGACACGGCCCCACCCUCCUCUGCCCUGCACUGGUUGGCGGAUUUAGCAACUCAGAAAGCUAAAGAAGAAACAAAAGAAGCAGGGUCCCUGAGGUCGGUGCUCAGUAAAGAGUCUCACUCACCCUUUGGGCUGGACUCGUUCAACUCCACUGCAAAAGUCUCUCCGUUGACUCCAAAGCUUUUUAACAGUCUGUUACUGGGUCCCACUGCCUCCAACAACAAAACCGAAGGCUCUAGCCUUCGAGACCUCCUUCACUCCGGGCCCGGAAAGCUUCCUCAAACCCCCUUGGACACAGGCAUACCCUUCCCCCCGGUCUUCUCUACAUCCUCAGCAGGAGUGAAGAACAAGGCCAGUCUGCCCAACUUCCUUGACCACAUCAUUGCCUCAGUGGUAGAAAAUAAGAAAACCUCAGACGCCGCAAAGCGGGCCUGCAACUUGACUGAUACCCAAAAGGAGGUGAAGGAGAUGGUGAUGGGAUUAAAUGUGCUGGACCCCCAUACCUCUCACUCCUGGCUCUGUGAUGGGAGACUUCUGUGUCUCCAUGACCCCAGCAACAAAAACAAUUGGAAGAUCUUCCGGGAGUGUUGGAAGCAAGGCCAGCCAGUGCUGGUUUCAGGGGUACAUAAAAAGCUCAAGUCUGAACUCUGGAAACCAGAAGCCUUUAGCCAAGAAUUUGGAGACCAGGAUGUGGACUUGGUGAACUGCAGGAACUGUGCUAUAAUUUCCGAUGUGAAAGUUCGGGAUUUCUGGGAUGGCUUUGAGAUCAUAUGCAAGCGAUUAAGGUCAGAAGAUGGACAGCCAAUGGUGCUCAAACUCAAGGACUGGCCUCCUGGGGAAGAUUUUCGGGACAUGAUGCCAACUAGGUUUGAAGAUCUGAUGGAGAACCUUCCUCUUCCAGAAUAUACAAAACGAGAUGGCAGGCUCAAUCUGGCCUCUAGGCUACCCAGCUACUUCGUAAGGCCUGAUCUGGGCCCCAAGAUGUACAAUGCAUAUGGUUUGAUAACAGCAGAAGAUAGAAGAGUUGGCACAACAAAUCUUCACUUGGAUGUGUCUGAUGCAGUUAAUGUGAUGGUGUACGUUGGGAUCCCCAUCGGGGAGGGUGCUCAUGAUGAAGAGGUACUCAAGACAAUUGAUGAGGGAGAUGCUGAUGAGGUGACAAAGCAGAGGAUUCACGAUGGAAAGGAGAAGCCCGGUGCUUUAUGGCACAUCUAUGCAGCCAAGGAUGCAGAGAAGAUCCGGGAGCUGCUCCGAAAGGUUGGAGAAGAGCAAGGCCAAGAGAAUCCCCCUGAUCAUGACCCAAUUCAUGACCAAAGUUGGUACCUGGACCAGACCCUCCGUAAGCGACUCUAUGAAGAGUAUGGCGUGCAAGGCUGGGCUAUUGUUCAGUUCCUGGGAGAUGCUGUCUUCAUACCUGCUGGAGCCCCACACCAGGUGCACAAUCUUUACAGUUGCAUAAAAGUAGCAGAAGAUUUUGUAUCUCCAGAACACGUAAAGCACUGUUUCCGCCUAACGCAGGAAUUCAGGCAUCUCUCUAACACUCAUACAAACCAUGAGGAUAAACUGCAGGUGAAGAACAUCAUUUAUCACGCUGUGAAAGAUGCUGUUGGCACCCUCAAGGCUCAUGAAUCCAAACUGGCAAGGUCUUAGGCAUGGAGGAAGUCCAAACUCCCCUGUGAAGCAGGUCUUUCACUCACACACCUACGGGAACGGCAGGGUUCUCUGCUGGAGCGGAGGCGCUUCACUCAGAGCCAGUGUGGUCAGUAUUACAAACUCCAGCCUCUCUUCUCUACGCUGCCUCAACACUGAAGGUUGACACAGGAAAGUCGCACUGUUCACACACAGUUUCAGACUCCAAGCCGAGGGUGCCACAUUCCUAUCCUGCGGCCUUCUGGGACUCUGAAUUGCCUGAACAUCACUGGGCUUUCCUGCAGUCUUGUGAUCUGGAAUAUGUGGAAACCAGGAACGUGGGCACGACUUUCUUUUUUUUUUCUCUCGUGCCUAGUUAAUUGGGAGUGUUUGGAGGUAUGGGGAAUCACAUAACUGGUACAACUUAGGGGCUAAUUGCUUAAACAUGCCUGGUGGAAGCCUGACAGUGUCUCUGCACGUGACCUCUGACACAGCCCAUCCCAGGAGACAGGGUGAAGCCAUUCCCCACAAUCUCUCCCAUGAACACUGGAGUCUUGCAGGACCCGGGGAGAACCCGCUGCUUUUCCCAGGAGGCUCCAGGAUUAGGAAACGUGUGUAUUUAGUGAAAAAUAGGUUUGUAGUGAAAUAGUUACUAUUUCAUGAAAGUAGAUAUUUUUAGAACUUUUGAAAUACCACAGUUGUUUUCCUGGAUUAUGAGGAAAGGCACAUUACAUUUAGUCUUCCUUUCAAUAAAACUUCUUUGAAGAAAUACGAUUUUUAGAAAUCAACUGUCCAUUAUAGCACAAAAUCAGCCAAAGCAGAAUUUAAAAGGAUUGGCUUUUUAGGGUUCUUUUAGUUUCUCCCCCUCCCAUCUCAGUCCUAUCAAUCUUGAGGGAACAGCCAUCUGAGAAAGAACUUUGUCAUGUCUGAGCUGUGGUGUGUCCCACACAUACACACACUGGUGACUCCAGGAACCAUUUCCACCUAUUACCAGCGUUCCCUUGGGACUUCUCUUAACAGUUCCAAAUUCGAAGGAAAGUUUGAUUUUCCUACAUGAGGCUUUUUGUUUUUUGGGUUUUUUGUCCAGAAAUAUUUCCAGCAAAACUUUCCAACUCAGUGGAGUUUUAUUAAGAAUUUAUUGGAAAAUAAUGGAAUUUGUUGGCCCAUGGGUACAUUGGAAAAUGUAUCUGUCUUCUUUCCGCUGUACUGUAGUGCCUGCAGGCUUGUUUAUAUGUUCACAGUUCCUUUUUUUUUAAAUAAAAGUCAUUUACUGUAGAAUACUUUUAAUUUCACUUUCUGUAUUUUAAUUUUGUUGAAGGGCUGAUUGGGAUUUCCAUGUUCUUAUUAAAAAUCUAACAAAUCUG